CAGCAUCUUCUCUAGUGCCAUCAGUCUUAUUUCAACUUUAAGAUUUUCAUCUUAAAUUUAUUCGAUCUCAUUACUAAAAUAUUUUUUUAUCAUAAUGAAGUUUCUGUGGGCAUUUAUGAUUAUUGCUGCAUUAAUUGCACUUAGUCAAGGACAAGGUUUCGGAGGAUACGGAAUGAAUGGAGGAGGAGGAAGAGGUGGAUAUGGAAUGAAUGGCAAUAAUGGAAAUAAUGGCCGAGGAAAUGGAAUGAAUGGCCGAGGGAAUGGAAAUAAUGGCAACCGAGGACGUGGUCAAAACGAUGGAUAUGGUGGAAAUGCUGGAUUUGGCCCCAAUGGAUUUGGAUUGAAUUUUGGCGGCUAAAAAAAAUAAAUUUAAAAACCUGGUCACGAAUAUGAUUUUUAAAAUAUUGUAGCUAUGAAUGUUUCAUUUUAUUUUAAAUAAAUUAAUUUCUAAUA